CCAGUUCUCGCGACGUUUAGGCCCCGGCGGGAAGCGGCGGCGACUCCGCGGCGGCGACUCCGCGGCGGGUGCGGAAUGCGCUCGGAAAAGGAGGGUGUCGCUGGCCCUAGGGCGGCCGUUGCUGCGCGGGGUCAGAGCCGGAGGGAGAAGCCGUCGUCUGUGUUAGUUCAGUUCCGCCGGGAGUCGCCGCAGCGAGAGCCCGGGGCGCUGCUGGCUUCGUCCUCCAGCUGCGGGGGCAGCGCAGGCAAACCUCGCGAGGAGAAGAGGACGGUAUUGAGCAAGGUGGUGAUCCGGCGCCUUCCUCCCAGCCUCACCAAGGAACAGCUGGAAGAGCAGCUCCACCCACUACCUGCACACGAUUACUUUGAGUUCUUUACUGCGGAUCUCAGUCUUUAUCCUCAUCUCUACUCAAGAGCCUACAUUAAUUUUAGAAAUCCUGAUGACAUCCUUCUUUUUAGAGAUCGUUUUGAUGGAUAUAUCUUCAUUGACAAUAAAGGCCUUGAAUAUCCUGCAGUGGUAGAGUUCGCUCCGUUCCAGAAGAUAGCCAAAAGGAGGCUAAAGAAAAAAGAUGCCAAAACUGGAAGCAUUGAAGGUGAUCUGGAAUAUAAGAGGUUUUUAGAAGCUUACUCUGUGGAGGAAGAGAAAACUAGUACCAAUCCCGAAACUCUUUUGGGAGACAUAGAAGCAAAGACAAGAGAACAUUUUGCUAGAAGAACCACACCUCUUUUGGAAUACAUUAAAAAUAGAAAAUUAGAAAAGCAGAGAAUUCGAGAAGAGAAGCGAGAAGAGCGGAGGAGGAGGGAAUUGGAAAAGAAACGUUUACGGGAAGAAGAAAAAAGAAAGAGAAGAGAGGAGGAAAGAUGUAAGAGAAAAGAAGCAGACAAACAAAAGAAAACUGCUGAGAAAGAAGUAAGGAUUAAGCUUCUUAAGAAACCAGAAAAGGGAGGGGAAGCAGCUACUGAGAAAACGAAAGAACAAGGAGAGGAAAUUGAUGCUGGAGAUGGACAACGGGAAGCCUGCCCUAGCUGUGCUGUUGUGAAGGCCAAGCCCUGGGAGAGCACACAGGACAGGCGCAGGGAAAAGUCACAAAAUGACAGUGGUAAAGAGCAAAAGCAUAUGGAGAGAAAAUUGGGAGAAAAAGAACUUGAAACACAAAGAUAUCACUUGGAUGACAACAGAAAGCUUAAAGCUCACUAUGAGUUUGACAAGUUUUCAAGAAGAAAUGAAGAAGAGCCGGAAUGGGGGAAAGGAUUCAGCCCAGACAGAGGGAGGACAGGGAGCCAGGACAGUGGCAUCCUUAUAGAAGCAGCAGAGAGACCAGAGAAAGAGCAGAAGAGUGAGGGGGACCUGGCACCCAAAAAGGAACGUGUGGGAAACAAGGACUGGCCGGCCUUGCAGCUGUACCAGCCAGGAGCUUGCAUGAGAAUACAGGGAUGUGGUGGAAGAUACUCUGAAGAGGGCCAUGAUGGAAGGAGGGCUGAGGCAGAAGAUUCAACAGGGGCUGGUUCCAAGAAGAGCGAAGAGGUGGAGUGAACCAGUGUGCAUGCUGUGGUUGUGGCAUGGGUAAGCUCCCAUUCCAAAUUCCAGGGAUUAGAAAAGGCAUUCCAGAAAUGUAUAAGUGAGCCUGGAAUAUAACCUGCAAGGUGAAUUUACUCCUUAUAAAGAAAUUAGAAACUAGAAACACGAAGGUGGCAUAGAAAAUUUUUUUAAAAAUUUAAGUUUUCUUAGAUUUUACCAUUUCUAGUAUAAAUUAGUAUAUAGCAUUUAGCCAAAACAGAAAAGAUAAUCUCCUUUGGAAAGUAGAAAAGUAUGUCCAAAACAGGGAAGAACAUUAGUAUGGUGUCAGUGUGAAUUCUGAAGCACUUUAAAGGUGACACAGGAAUAACUUGCACGUUACAUUUUACACGUUCUAUUGGGAUUGUAGCUCAUUGUGCUUCUUGUUGGUUUUCUCUGUGAGCCAUGGUUUCUGGGGAGUGAGCAGCUCUCAUUCCGUUAUAACCUUUGUAAUUCAGCCACUUAUGCGCCUUCUAUCAUAACAUUCUAGGAAGUCUGUUGUGUUGUAAUCUCUCUGAUAGGAAUCUUAACACUAUGUAAAGCUCAACAAUUUUAAUUAUUGCCCUUUUGACAACUUGUCCACUGACUUGAUGAAAAUAGUUUCUCAGUCUUUUGAUGGAUGUGCUCAUGGUUUAUAACCACUAUGUUUUAAGGAAUACUGUGAUACAUUGCCUUGGGACACAGAUAACUUACAUACAGCAUCUAGGGCUUUUCUUUUUUGCAGUCUGAAUUAGUUUUAAAGUGACUUUAUGGAGCUUUCUGUAACUAUGCAUUUUACAAUAUUUUUUCCUUUUAGUGAAAUUUUAAAAUGUUCAUUUACUUUUGGCACUGUGCUUUGAACCCCUUAUUAAAUAAAAAUUUUAGUAGCAAUGGAUUCGAAGUCCAGUUAUGGUAUUUUUCCUAUAUAGAAAUUUACAUAAGAAUUUGCUUUUUAAAAUGUAGCUUUUAUUGUCUGAAUGUUUUAUUGAUUAUAUCUAUUCCUUAUUAAAUAUGAAAUGUUUGUCAAAAUAA